UGUGCAGCAGUGUGCAGGGGAUCUCCAGCAGCUGGUGUGGUUGGCUCUGCAGUGGAGGUUGAUGGAGCAGGCUGUGGACCUGCAGCAGUGGCUGAAGCUGCUGUUUCCGCGCCUGCCUCUGGAGACCUCCAAACUGGACACCAGCGCCCCCGAGUCCCUCUGCCUGCUGGACCUGGAGGUGUUUGUGAGCGGUGUGGUGUUCACCUGUGAGGCGCAGCUGCAGGAGUGUGAGAGGAAGUCGUCCGCGCCCCGCUGUCUGCCGCUGCCGCUGAUGAAGCUGCUGUCCACCGUCAGGCAGAGGGAGUGGUGGGACGCCGUAUACAGCCUCAUCCACAAGAGGGCGCAGCCGGGCUCCUCCGCUAAGCUGCGGAUGCUAGUUCAGCAUGGACUUGGAACACUGCGUGGUGCAGAGAAGCAUGGGCUCCAGCCGGCACUGCUCGUCCACUGGGCUCGGCAUCUGGCUGCAGCGGGCGAGCGCACUAACUCCUACUAUGAGCAGAGGGAUUAUGCAGGCCGCAGUGUGCACUACUGGAGGCUGCUGCUCCCCCUGCUGGAGAAGAUCCGCAAAAAGCGCAGCAUCCCGGAGCCUCUGGAGCCGCUGUUCCCGCACUUCAGGAGCAGAGACAUACAGGCUGCUGCGGUGUGUGCGCUGCAGCUGGAGGUCAGUCUCAGCACUGCCGCUCUGCUGGACAUUGAGGGCAGCACAGAGGAGGCCAUCGCUCAGCUGGAGCAGAUCAACACUGUGGGCUCCUACUGGCAGCUGGCCAAGAUCUACCAGCGGCUGGUGGAGGAAGCAGGAAACGGCCUGGAGGAAACACAGGGCCGCUGCAACAACUUCCUGCUGCAGUUCCAGAAAUACCUGAAUAUGAUUUCCCAUGCCAGCGCAGAGGACAUGGACAAGCUGCCGGUGUGUAUGGAGGAGGUGCUGGAUCUGCUGAAGGAGGUGUCUCAGCAGCUAGAGGAGGAUGGAGGAGAGCAGCACCAGGUGGAGUUCCCCCGCACCUCCAGCCCCGGCCGGCCCGCUGAAGCCCAGCACACGCUCAGCACUCCCUCCCCAGCCAAAAGCUCCGCAUCGCCUGCCAGGAGACCCACCUUCUCCCCCAAGACGCCUCCGCACUGGGCCGAGGACCAGAAGUCUCUGCUGCAGAUGCUGUGCCAGCAGGUGGAGGCCCUAAAGAAUGAGGUUCAUGACCUUCGGCAGAACCCCGCUGACAGCACCGGCUCCUCAUACCGCAUGUAUCCAGAGAACACUGAGGGCUUUCCUGCGGCGCAGACCUUCCAUGGCGUUCCUCUAACCGUCUCUACUACAGGUCCAUCUGGGUACUAUAGCCAGUCUCCAGCGUAUAACUCUCAGUAUCUUCUUCGCCCGGCUGCAAACGUCACUCCCACAAAGGGCCCGGUGUAUGGGAUGAACCGUCUUCCUCCACAGCAGCACAUGUACAGCUACCAGCAGCAAACACACACUCCGCCGCUGCAGUCCACACCGGCCUGCAUGUACCCUCAAGAGCAGGUGUUCGGUGCGCCCAUCCGCUUUGAGUCUCCAGCCACGUCUCUACUGUCCCCGUACAGCGAGGAGUAUUACACUCACAGCGUUCCCCAGCCUGCCGUCAAUCCUACUUUACCUGAGCCAGGAUAUUUCACCAAGCCCAACGCUGCGGCGUCUGUGCAGCCGUCUAGGAGCAGCGAGAGCAAGGCGGAGACUCGGACCAGCCUCGGGCCGCAGUUCACUCCCGAAGUCUCCAAGGUUCCACACUUUGGGGGCGUCAUUGUGGCUCCAUCAACAUCGACCACUACAACCUCGACUGCGUUCAAGUUCAACUCCAAUUUCAAGUCCAAUGAUGGUGACUUCACAUUCUCCUCCUCCCAGAGGAAGAACAGCGAGAGCUUACUGGGCCUGCUGACCUCAGAUAUUCCUCCCAAAACAGACGGGCCAUCAGAGCCAAAGCAGAGCCAUGAGCAGGCCGGAGUCUUCACUUUUGGGAGCAAAAACGCCGCAGGAUUUUCAUUCACAGAUGGUUCUCAGAGCAAAAUGAAUAUUUUUGGUAGCACUGACCCAUUUAGCUUCACUAGUGGAGCCAAACCAGUACUGGGUGCUGCUGAGGAGAAAAGUGGAGACAGUGAUAACGACAGCACACAUGUGGAGGAGGACGAGGACGGCCCUCACUUCGAGCCCAUUGUGCCUCUGCCUGACAAGGUGGAUGUGAAAACCGGCGAAGAGGAGGAAGAGGAGAUGUUCUGCAAGAGAGCAAAGCUGUUCCGGUUCGACGCAGAGACUAAAGAGUGGAAGGAGAGAGGAAUCGGCAGCAUCAAGAUCCUGAAGCACAAAACAUCUGGGAAAGUUCGCCUGCUGAUGAGGAGAGAGCAGGUCCUCAAAAUCUGUGCUAAUCACUAUAUCACUGCAGACAUGGCCCUAAAACCCAAUGCUGGGUCUGACAAGUCCUGGGUGUGGUACGCCAUGGAUUACGCGGAUGAAAUGCCAAAGACUGAGCAGUUGGCCAUUCGCUUUAAAACAGCAGAUGAUGCAGCACUGUUUAAAGUUAAAUUUGAGGAGGCUCAGAAAUUUAUUUCUGCACAAGGCCCACUGCUGGAAAAGUCGAGCGAAUCGCCGAAGCCUCCGGUUGCAUCUAAAGAGUCAGAUAUUAAGAUCCGGUUUUCCAAAAAGGAGGGUGAAUGGGACUGCAAGACAUGCUGUGUCCGGAAUGCUCCUGCAUCUGCAGUGUGUGUGGCCUGUGGUGGGCCGGCACCUUCAGCUAAAGGCAAACCUGCGGCGCAAAUCAAGAGCUCAGCGUUGCCGAAGCCUCCGGUUGCAUCUAAAGAGUCAGACCUUAAGAUCAGGUUUUCCAAGAAGGAGGGUGAAUGGGACUGCGAGACGUGCUGUGUCCGGAACGCUCCUUCAUCUGCAGCGUGUGUGGCCUGCGGCGGCCCGGCACCUUCAGCUAAAGGCAAACCUGCAGAGCAAAUCAAGAGCUCAGUGUCGCUGCCUCCCCCUGCCAAAGUCUUCUCUUUUGGACUUCCUGGAGAUUCUGCCAAGAACACCUCCUGCACAGAUGGAAGCACAAAAGGCUCAACAUUUGGGUCUCAAAUACCAGCUUCUUUUAAUUUUGGGUCAAGUAAUGCCGCAGUGACCCCAGUUGCCUCUCAGACUGAUAAGAAGAGCGUACCUACAGAUGAUCCGCAAAACACCAAAGUCUCCCCGACACCAGCAUUCUCUUUGACCCCUGGGUUUGGUUCUCAGUUUGCCAAGAAAGAUGGUCAAUGGGACUGUGACUCCUGCUUGGUGAGGAACGAUGCGUCCGCCACUGAAUGUGUUUCUUGCAGUACACCAAAGACUGGGUUAGCGGCCAUGUUUGGGAAGAAAGCUGGGCAGUGGGACUGUGAUACCUGCCUGGUGAGAAACGACGGAACAUCUAGUCACUGUGUUUCAUGUCAGACUGCAAACCCCAACAUGAAGAGCAAGACCUCAUCAGCACCGUCCAGCUCCUCUUUCAGCUUCAGUUUUGGCAAUUCUAGCGGCCAGCCUGCCGGCACCGGCUUUAAGAGCAGCUUCACUGCAGGCCCUGCAUUUCAGUUUGGCACGAGUACAGAGAAAUCCUCUUCAGAGGGCUUUAAGUUUGAGUCCUCCUCCACUCCAGCUGAUAAAACAUCAAGUAGCUCUAAUUUCUCAUUCUCAAUGCCAGCGCCUGGUGAAGGAUUUAAGUUUGGAAUUACUGAACCUCAGACGAAAGCGCCCGACACACAGCCACAAACUAGCUCCGCAUCUGACCUCCUCAAAAAUAUUGCAGAACUUCACAAAGAGAAGGAGAAAGAAGCCAUCCAGAGUUCCUCAGAUGAUUCAGGAGACACCAGCGCUCAUGACGAUAAUCCUCUCAUUAGCGGAAAGACUGAUACCUUCAGCUUUGCAGACCUGGCCAAGUCCUCUCAGGAAGGUUUUCAGUUCGGCCAGCAGGAUCCCUCUUUCAGAGGCUUCGCAGGGGCUGGCCAGCAGCUCUUCACAAGUGUUUCAAAACAAGACACCUCUGCCGAUCAAGAGGACGACAUGUACAGAACAGAGGAGAAUGACGAUAUUCAGUUUGAACCCGUCGUUCAGAUGCCGGAUAAGGUUGAUCUGGUCACAGGGGAAGAAGACGAGAAAAUCCUGUAUUCGCAGCGGGUCAAACUCUUCAGAUUUGAUCCAGAGACGAGCCAGUGGAAAGAGAGAGGAGUUGGCAACCUUAAACUGCUGAAAAACAACCAGAAUGGGAAACUGCGAGUGCUCAUGCGGAGAGAGCAGGUUCUGAAGGUGUGCGCCAACCACUGGAUCACCACCACUAUGAACCUGAAGCCUCUCGCAGGAUCCGAUCGGGCCUGGAUGUGGUUGGCCAGCGAUUUUUCAGAUGGAGAUGCAAGUUUAGAGCAACUUGCUGCAAAGUUCAAAACGCUGGAGCUUGCAGAAGAGUUCAAGCAGAAGUUUGAGGAGUGUCAGCGGCUACUUUUGGAUAUUCCUUUACAGACGCCUCACAAGCUGGUCAACACUGGCAGGACGGCUCACCUUAUACAGAAAGCUGAAGAAAUGAAAUCUGGUCUCAAGGACCUCAAAUCAUUCUUGACUCCCCAGAGCAAGGAGGAAGAGAGUGGUGUUACGGCGGACAGCACAUCUUCAGUCAUCGUCAAGCUGGACUCGGAGACCAGCACUGCAUUAGAAUGGGAUAAUUAUGACCUGCGGGAGGGCGUGCUGAAGAGCUGCACUAAAUCCUCAGCAAGUGAUGCUUCUGUGCAGCUGGACACAGUCGCUAAGAGUUUAUUCCGCUUUGGCGAAUCGUCCACAGGCUUCAGUUUCAGCUUUCAGCCUAUUCUCAGCCCCUCCAAGUCUCCGUCUAAAUUGAACCAGAGCCAGGCAUCAGUGGGCACAGAUGAUGAGCAGGACACCUCUCAGGAGGAGGAGCGGGAUGGACAGUACUUCGAGCCGGUGGUGCCCAUGCCUGACCUGGUUGAGGUCUCAACCGGAGAGGAGGAUGAGCAGGUGCUGUUUAGUCACCGUGCCAAAUUAUACCGCUACGACAAAACACUCAGUCAGUGGAAGGAGAGAGGCAUAGGAGACCUUAAAAUACUUCAACAUUACGAAACAAAGCGCGUCAGGCUUGUGAUGAGACGAGACCAGGUGCUCAAACUGUGUGCAAAUCACUGGAUUGACUCGAGUAUGAAGCUGGAGCCCAUGAAGGGUGCGGAGAAGGCCUGGAUCUGGAGUGCCUUUGACUUUUCUGAAGGGCAGGGCAAAGUGGAGCAGCUGGCGGUGCGCUUCAAACUGCAGGACACUGCCAGCACUUUCAGAGACGUCUUUGAAGAGGCCAAGACUGCACUGGACAGAGACACUCUGCUGAACCCGAGAUCUACCAGAGAAGCGUCCUUCAGCCAAGAGUCGAUCUGCGGCCCAGCGGCGGUGGCUGUGCUGGAGGAGACCACUAAAGAGCCCUCUGGACUUCCAGAGCAUAGCAGUCCCAAACCUGAGCGGACGCCCACAGCAGAGUUUACCACUCCGGUCAGCAAGACUGUGGUCUCUCCACCCAAGUUUGUGUUUGGCUCAGACUCUGUGCAGAAGAUCUUCGGCAGCCCGAAAGAGAAUUCUGCGGUUUCUCCUGUCCAGACCGCAGAUGAGGACAGUGGAGAAUCCAGACUGAAGACCUCUGCGGUGACCUCCAGCCAGACUGGCACUCCAUUCAGCUUACCAACCAGAAGUUUGGAUUUUAGGCUUUUCAAAGAUAAUCCUAUGGCAUUUUGGACCUGCACAUCAGAUGCCCAGUUUGAAGCCCAAGCCUGUCCUCCGCCAAAGCAGAAGAGCGUGCAGGACUUGUGUGAUGAUGAUGAUCUAGAGGUGAUCUUCGAGUGCCAGCCAACGAGAGAGCAGGCUGAUCUGGCCGCCUCACUUCUGCUGCCAAACACCUUCUUCUGCUAUAAGAACCGGCCCGGAUACACGAGCGAGGAGGAGGAGGAUGAUGAAGAUUUCGAGAGCGCUGUGAGGAGUCUUCAGGGACAGCUGUAUGAAGAUGAUCACGAGUGUGUGAUGGUGUGGGAGAAGCGUGCGUCUGCAGGUGAGGAGCAGAGGGCCAGGCGUCUCCUCCUUCCUCCUACAUUCCUGUGCGGCGUCAGCAGCGACUCAGACCUGGAGCCGGAGCGAGCAGAGGACAGCAGCACACACACACAGGUGGACACACAGACACACACACAAACGCAGCAGGUCAUGCUGGAGCCGUCCCAUGAUGCAUCAGUGGCCAGCAGGAGCACCGUGGAGCUCCAGAAGACUGACCGCAGCUCUCCAAUUGACCUGUCCACUAAGAAGAGCAGCGAGACCAGCUUCAGUGCAGACACUGCACAUCUGAUCCCUGCUGAUCCCUCAGGUACAGUGCUGACCACCACUGACCCCCGCUCCUCAGCUGAGCCCUCAGGUACAGCAUUGACCCCCGCUGACCCCAGUUCCACCACUGAGCCCUCAGGUAUCUUCUUCGGAUCUGCGUCUGCAAGCGCAUUCUCAUUCGCAGAUCUGGCCAAGACCUCAGGAGACUUCGCCUUCGGGAAGAUAGAUGAGAACUUCAGCUGGUCAAACGCGGGCGCAGCAGUGUUUGGAGCUCCGUCACGCACUGAAACACGCAGAGAUGAUGAAGAUGAGGAUGGUGAUGAUGAUGAAGCUCCGCACAGUGACGAGAUCCACUUUGAGCCCAUCGUUUCUCUGCCAGAGGUGGAGGUGCGCUCAGGCGAGGAGGACGAGGAGAUCCUGUUUAAGGAGCGGUGCCGACUGUACCGCUGGGACCGCGAGCUGCAGCAGUGGAAGGAGCGCGGCGUGGGCGAGCUGAAGAUCCUGUUCCACCCACAGAAGAAGAGCUACAGGCUGCUGAUGAGGAGAGAGCAGGUGCUGAAGGUGUGCGCCAACCAUACCAUCAGCAGCGGCAUCACCCUCACACACAUGAACUCCAGCGCCAACGCUCUCGUCUGGACCGCCACCGACUACGCUGAGGGUGAUGGGAAGGUGGAGCAGCUGGCAGUGAAGUUUAAGUCUGCAGAUCUGGCGGCGAGCUUCCGGCGUGUGUUUGAGGACUGUCAGCGGUGUGUGUCGCAGGCGGACAGUGCGCAGGUGUCGCUAGCAGAGACGCUAUCGCGAGACUCGAACCCGCGCGUGUUCUUCGAUGUGUGUGUGGACGGAGCGGACGCCGGCAGGAUCGUCAUGGAGCUGUUCGCACACAUCGUGCCCAAGACAGCAGAGAACUUCCGCGCGCUGUGCACCGGGGAGAAGGGCUUCGGCUACAGGGGGUCCAUAUUCCACAGGAUCAUCCCCGACUUCAUGUGUCAGGGUGGGGACAUCACGCAUCAGGACGGCACCGGCGGGCGCUCUAUCUAUGGCAAGGCGUUCGAGGACGAGAGCUUUGAGGUGCGGCACACGGGUCCAGGGCUGCUCUCCAUGGCCAAUCGCGGCAGAGACUCCAACAGCUCGCAGUUCUUCCUCACGCUGCGCAAGGCGGAGCACCUGGACUUCAAACACGUCGCCUUCGGCUUCGUCACCGACGGCAUGCAGGUGCUCAGGAGACUGGCAGAGAUGGGCACCAAGGAGGGCAAACCCACACACACCAUCACCAUACACCACUGCGGACAGCUCUGACCACACACACACACACACACACACACACACACACACACCUGUACUGCUUUUGAUUUCGAUGGCGUUUUUCCACCACUUUUCCUAUUGUAUUAUUUUUUCGCUAAAUAAAUGUGUGUAUUUCCUUUAAA